AUGGGCGGCACCUGGGACUUGUUCAAGUAUCCCGGCAUCCGCUCAGACUCUGACAUGUACACGCUUGGCUAUUCCUUCAAGCCGUGGCGCGACGCCGAGGCAAUUGCCGACGGCCCGUCCAUUCUGAAAUACCUGGAGGAGACGGCGGCUGAAAACGGCAUCGACAAGAAGAUCCGUUACAACCACAUGGUGAAGAAUGCCGCCUGGUCCACUGCCGAUGCGCAAUGGACGCUGGACGUUGAACGCGACGGCGAGAUGAUCCAGAUGAGCUGCAACUUCCUGUUCAUGUGCAGCGGCUAUUACAGCUACAAGGAAGGCUAUACGCCGGACUUCGCUGGUGUUGAUGACUUCAAAGGCCGUUUUGUUCACCCGCAAAAGUGGACUGACGACAUUGUCUACAAAGACAAAAACGUGGUGGUGAUCGGGUCGGGGGCGACAGCCGUAACACUCAUCCCGGAGAUGGCUGGUGAAGCAAAACAUGUCACCAUGCUGCAGCGUUCGCCAACCUAUAUGGCGGCGCGUCCUUCACAGGAUGCGAUUGCCAACUUCCUACGUCGCAACCUACCGGCAAAACUCGCCUACGGGAUAACACGCUGGAAGAAUGUGCUUCUGGGCAUGUAUUUCUUCAAUCUCUGCAAGAGAGCACCUGGGAAGGUCAAACAGCUGCUGCUUAACCAGGUCCGUGAGGCGCUUGGGCCCAAUUAUGACGUGGAGAAGCACUUCACACCAAAAUACAAUCCGUGGGACCAACGUCUCUGCCUCGUUCCCAAUGGCGACAUGUUUGACGCCAUCAAUGCAGGCACGGCAUCUGUUGUGACGGACACGAUUGAGACGUUUACCGAAACCGGUAUCAAGCUUUCGUCUGGCGAAGAAUUGGAAGCUGAUCUCGUGGUGUCUGCAACGGGCCUCAAACUCGAAGUGCUGGGUGGCAUGACGGUGAGCGUUGACGGCAAGCCUGUGAACUUUGCCAACACGAUCAGUUAUAAAGGCAUCAUGUAUUCCAACGUGCCAAACCUUGCCUCGUCGUUUGGCUACACCAAUGCAUCGUGGACGCUCAAAUGUGAUCUCACAUGUGGCUAUGUUGCCCGUCUGAUCAAUCAUAUGGAUAAGACAGGCACGCAGCAAUGUAUGCCAGUGCUGGCAGAUGACAGCAUGGAAGAAGAACCUUGGCUGAACCUCUCCUCAGGCUAUAUCCAGCGCGCUCAGGGCAUUCUUCCAAAGCAGGGUGCACAUGCCCCAUGGAAACAACACCAGAACUAUGCACUUGAUAUUGUGACGCUUGGCUACGGCAAGGUGGAAGAUGGCACGAUGACAUUUUCCCGUGCGACAGGGUCGGCUGCAAAACAGGAAGCAGCAAAAGAAGCUGCUUAA